AACACGGAUCACAAUACCGACAACGUCGCAACAUAGUACACGCACCAUCGUCAAGUGAUGCUGUUUGAUCACACAAACUCAGGUACCUUGGCCUACCAUUAUCUAUGACCUCGAUUAUCAUUUAGCUGUGUCCACCUAGUAUCCAUCACUGUGUCAUAUUCAUAUUUCAACACACUUAUCCUUCAAAUUCGUCGAGUCAGAAUCUGUAUCAGUUCCCUUUGACCUCUCCAGCCCCUCGUCUCUGUUGAAUUCACUUUCAUCCAUUACUACAAUAAUCAUGUCUUCCGAAUCCUCCUCACCUGCCUUUGGUCACGCCAUGCGCUCGUACUUCGGGUUUGAUUCAGACUACAUUAACCUGAAUCACGGUGCCUUUGGAGCUGUGCCCAAACCGGUAGUCGAAGCAGCUCAUGCUCUAACCAAUCGAGUCGAGUCCAACCCAGACUACUUCAUGAGGCUAGAAUACGAGUUACUCUUGGACGAAGGGCGAGCACGUCUGGCACAACUCGUCGGUGCAGAUGUGGACGAAUGCGUGCUUGUCCCGAACGUAAGCAACGGUAUCAAUACAGUACUACGAAACUUCGAAUGGGCCGAGGGCGACAUAUUGGUGUCUGCCAGCACCACUUUCGACUCUAUUGCCCGAGCGGUUGAAAAUAUCACUGGGGCACGUCCACAAGUCCCACACCCUGGCGUCUCCAAGUUCAUCCUAGACUUCCCUCAGUCGCAUGCUACUAUCCUAGCUUCGUUCCGCGAACACCUUCGUGCCGUGAAGUCACAGGCUCCGAACAAUACGAUUGUGGCUCUCAUUGACACUAUUGUGUCUCAGCCAGCUAUCUUAAUGCCUUGGAAACAGAUGGUCAAGAUUUGCAAAGAAGAGGGGGUUUGGAGCGUGAUUGAUGGUGCACACUCACUUGGCCAGGAGCUCAAUAUUGGUUUAAGUGAAGCUGACCCCGAUUUCUGGGUCGGAAGUUGUAGCAAAUGGAUGUACACUAAGCGUGGAUGCACCCUUCUCUACGUUCCAAAGCGCAAUCAACACAUCAUCAAAACCACGCUUCCGACUGCGCACAGUGUCCUGGCCGCUUCAGAAGAUAAGCCCCCCACCGCCUUCGUGAUGGAAUUUAUAUAUUUUGGAACCGUGGAGGCUAUUCCCUUCCUCAGUAUCAAAGCAGCAUUGGACUUCAGGGAUUCCAUAGGCGGAGAAGAAACAAUCAAUGCUUACUGCCACUCGCUUGCCAAAGCAGGCGGAAGGCGUCUCGCCGAGGUCAUGGGGACAUCUAUGAUGGUAACAGACAAUGAGGACGAACUGAUUGCCAACAUGGUAAACGUGGAACUUCCUUUUCCCGCAACUAUUGCCUCGACCAAGGCAGUAUUCCGCGUUUUCCAAAACAGACUUUUACAAGACCACAAGAUGUACGCUGGCCAUUUCUUCCACAACGGAAAGUGGUGGACGAGGGCCUGCGCUCAGAUUUACAAUGAGAUCGGAGAUUUCGAAAAGCUUGGAUAUGCGCUCGUCGCUAUAUGUAAUGAGAUCAAAGAAGCCGAGGCUCGGUAAACCCCAUUUUUCUG